AUGGGUCAGCGUCUAAGUGAGGAUAGUGACCCAGACAAGGAAAUUGAUGUGGCGGAGCUGCAGGAGUGGUACAAAAAAUUUGUGGUGGAAUGUCCGAGUGGAACCCUCUUCAUGCACGAGUUCAAGAGUUUUUUCGGCGUCACGCAUAACAAGGAGGCUGCAGAUUACAUUGAAAACAUGUUUAGAGCCUUUGACAAGAAUGGGGACAAUACAAUUGAUUUUCUGGAGUAUGUGGCAGCCUUGAACUUGGUCUUAAGGGGCAAGUUGGAGCACAAGUUAAAAUGGACGUUCAAAAUGUACGACAAGGACGGAAGUGGAUGCAUUGACAAGACAGAGCUUCUUGAAAUUGUUGAGUCGAUAUAUCGACUGAAGAAAGCUUGUCAUGGAGAGCUAGAUGAAGAAUGCAAUCUGCUGACCCCAGACCAAGUGGUGGACCGGAUAUUUGAGCUGAUGGAUGAAAACGGAGAUGGAGAGCUCUCUUUGGAUGAAUUUAUCGAUGGGGCACGAAAGGACAAGUGGGUGAUGAAGAUGCUGCAGAUGGAUGUUAACCCUGGGGAGUGGAUCAACGAACGACGACGCAGUGCGAAUUUCUAG